AAGACUGUGUUUGAGGACCUGCAGGGUGAAAAACCAUAUAAAGGAUAUUUUCAAGAUUGAAUAAUGUCUCAGCCAGCCCAUCUCCGAGUGAUCAUUUCAGAGCACAAUGUCCGGAAACUGACAUUACCAUUUGGAAUCCCUGGAACAGUUGAAGAACUUUGUUCAGCUGUUCAAGAUGCAUUUGGGAUUUCUGAAGAUUUCUGUUUGCAUUACAAGGAUGCUGAUUUUGGUAAUGAAUGUUUUUUCCUUGAGUGGGACAACUGACAUCAAGGAUAAGGACACUGUCAAGGUUGUGUAUAUCCAGGAACCCACUACAGUAACUUUGACCUUAACAGAUGUAGAUGGCUCCUUCUCAAGUUGUAUUGAUAGUUCUCUUUAGUCUUCUGAGGAUGCCUGCUCAUCUGUGUCCUCCCAUGACACCCUGCCUGUUUCUGAAGGACCGAUGACAGGAAGCCUAGCCCAGCGGUCCAAGGGUUGGCCCACAGAAUUUGCAAUCCCUCGUUUCUCUUCCAGUACAGAGAUACUGCUUCAGUCAGGCAAUGAAAAGUUCACUUGCUCUGGGACUCUUUUUGGCACCAAAGAUCUCAUCUCCCUACUUCCAGACAUUCUUGGAAGAUUAGCUGAGGUCAUUUAUGAGUACACAGCUUAUCCAUCAAGCGCACAACUAAGUCAAGUAGCAGAGGCCCUGACCAAAAAACAUCCCUGCCUAAAAGAACCAGGAUCGUUCAAUGGAUGCUAUGGAUGGAUCCAGCGACUCAAAUAUAAAAUGAACAAUUUCAGAUCCAAACGUCGAGGUCUUGGCUUUCCAGAAAUUGAAGUGAACUCACUCAAGAGGAAACCAGCACAUGAGCAGGCUCCUGCUAAAAACGUUAAAAAGCCUAAAAAGGCUGAAGUAAAUUACUUACCUCCUCAUCCUCAAGGUGAAACUAGUGAAAGUUUGGAGAAAGAGAGAGUUGACCUCUUAUGUGAAGUGACAAAAAGGGAUAAUUGCCAGGUGGUUGCUGAGAAAAUGGCCAAGACGUUCUCUCUUCGUAGGCAAGAGAUCAUUUAUGAGGCCCCUGCAAUCAGAGACUUCAUGGAGCGCUGGCCUGCAUUAUUUGAUCCAACUCAGAUAAAUGAAGAAUUCAAGAGAAUAACCACCAUAAACCUUGAAUCUACCUUUAUGGCCAGACUUGACCAUUGCAUCCCAAAGCUGAUGGACAUAGUUUCAUCAAAAGGCGGAGCUACAGGAGUGAGAAUCAGGCAGAUCAAGGACAUGCUUCUUGAGCACAAUACAAUUGAAGUCCGCAGAGAAGUAGCCAGCCGCUGCCUUGUCAUUUACCUUGGAGAGAAGGAAGAGGACCUUUUCAAAGAGUUCAGUGACACAGAAGAGUUUGAGGCAGGCCUUGUUGGGGAAGUGAUGAAAAUUGCUGUUAUCGGUGACCGCUCCACCACAGGAUCUGACCAUAAAACAGCAGCCAUUGUGGUUGAGGGAACCAAAAUCCUGGAGGUAAAGGAUAUCCCAAGGUGCUGUGCUUUGCUGAUGGGCAUAAUAUAUGCUCUGAAUUUGAGCUAUCGCAAGGAACUUAAAUACACAUUCAAAGUUUUUCAGAAGCUGUUCCUUGCACUUGAUGGACUGAAAACCAGUGCAAAAGUAAUGAGUCUCAAGAAUGGUAUUUUCUGAAGAUUCCCCAUGUUUCACAGUACUAUCAUAUUAUGUUGUUUUGGAUUUUGAAGUCCACUGAGGAGGCUUUAAAACUGAAGGUGUGACAGAAAACACUUUGUCAAGUUACAUUUGACAUGUUAUGUUCAUAUGUAUUUCUUGUAUUGACAAUUGACAAAACAAAGAUGUUGUUUAAAGAAAUAUAUAUUUUAGUCCACAGAGGGACUUUUACAGGGUAAGAUACAAGGAAUGCUGUUUUUCAUUUUUGGGAAUGAAUGUUAUGGGGGCUUACUAUGUCUAACAAUUUAGGAGAGUUUCAUCACUCGUGUCAGGUUUUGAGGAGGUUACAACUGUUUAAGAUGUAUUUAGCUGUCCAAGAUGUAGUAUAGAAGAUUCCAAAAUCUUCUAUACUACCCUUAGAAUCAGCUCAGUCUUUUAUACUACACCAUCAUUUCAUCCUCAAAGAGGUGUACUAAUAGAUGACGAAGCAUUCUGUUAAGAUUUUUCAUGUUGUUUCAAAGAGUUUUUUUUUUUUUAAUGGACCUUUAGAAGAUUGGUGGUCAUUAAAAGUUAAUGUUUAAGGAGCACUUGCGCAGAACUUUACUGUGAUAUUACAAAAUAUUUUAAAAUGUUUCACAAUAUGCUUUUAAAUUUAACAGAUUUACAUGUUAGGCACUGUGAUUUUAAAUAUGUAAAGGCCUAUAACUUUGCUGUGAUAGCAUGACUGAGUGUGCUUACUGCUUAAUUUCUUGAAGCAAUAAGGACAGUUUUGUUUACCGAUAAUUCGUGGGGCACUUUAAAUGUGUUUUUUUUUUUCUUCAAGAUUUAAAUAUUGUGUGUUCAACAACACAACUACAGUUUAAAAUAAAAAAGUUAA